UCAGAAACCCCCUCCUCAUAUGCUCCUUUUUGUCCCCCUGGGAGGUCACUCAUAGAAAGGAAUUAAACCAGUAACCUUAUUUCCUGUCACUCACCGCAUCCCCAGCUGUCCCUCAGGACUAUAUUGCUUUGUCGUCUCGAUAGUUGUCCAGUUUCCAAACCGGGCUCUGUGUUUGCAUUGACGUCAAACGAGCAGGCUGGAUGUAUAAAACCCUCCGUCCUCUCCAGUCGCCGCUCACAGGGACUUUUCAGACUCGGCUCCGACCUGAGAUCCCACCGGCCGACCACAAAGUUCAGCUGCAGCAUCUGGAGAGAAUAAAGACAUGAAGCCAGUCCCCCUGCUCCUUCUCCUCUCCUCGGUCCUGCUCUCAUCACACCUCCGCCCCGCUGCCGGUAGACCGCGCAUCCUCCCCGGCUGGCUGGAUAGCAGCGGCCGCCUCCAGACGCAGCAACUGGGCCAAGCGCUCCUCAGAGCGGCCGCCGCCGGGGACAGCACCGCGUCAGAUCUACUGGGCGACAACAUCCUGAGGUUUCUCCAAAAAAGAAACCUGAACCCUCUGCGCCUGCUCCCACCCGAAGAGGAGAGUGAGGAGGAUGAGGCGGUGAGGACGGCGGCGCAGCUGUGGAAACGGAACGAAGAUCCGCCGCUGUCCAUCGACCUCACCUUCCACCUGCUGAGGAAUAUGAUCCAGAUGGCCCAGAUAGAAAGCCAGAGGGAGCAGGCUCAGCUCAACCGCAAAGUCCUCGACGAGGUCGGGAAGUAAAGCUCUAUUUUUUUUUUAAUUGCCUCGUUAAAACAGCCAAACCGCUGUCUAAGUAUUUAAGACCUCUGACAUUAGUUGUUGUUUGUGCGCCUGCCUUCCUCUUCACAUCAUUUUUAUGCACAGCUGGUGCCAAUUUACGCAUCACAGCACCCGCGAGUAAAAUGUAAACUUCUUAAGUGUUAUUUAAAGACUUUGUUGGGAAAUAUAGAAUCGGACUUCUCAGACCCCCUGACCCCUUCACCGGCCCCUGGCUUCACCCCCAGCC